GUUAACAAAUGCUUUCGUGACAGUCUGCUGCCACUAACAUUCUGUGCCCCUGCUCACAGUCCCCUGCUUUGACUAGAUCUAUUGAAAUGUUUCUCUUUUCUAGCUUUCACUCUUUUUUUUUAACCCAAUAAAAGCCUCUUCUGGGAGAGGGAGCUUUUCCUCAGGUCAGUAUUUGAAUGAUUUCGUUGCGAUACCCUUCGAACGCCUGCCUGCUCUCGGAGAACUGGCUGAAGCCGCUGGGUAGCUGAGACCUGUGUGCCACACGUUCCAUCUCCAGCUGGCAAGGUGUGGAAUAGCCAGACUGACCUCUUCUCCUUACCCUCAACACGUGCUGCAGGGAGCAGGAGCUUUUCUUCUCGCUCUGGUACCUGAUGAGAACAAACAGAGCUGGAGUGUCCAAGGCAGCUGUUCUGGUGUGUCGGGGCCCCACGUGGGCUUGAACAGCUUAAACCUCCAGUUGUCAGCUGCAAAGGUCUCUUAGCCAUGUUAUUAUUGAAUGCCUGAAAUUAAAAUCUCAUCUGGACUAAAUUAGGGAAACAUAUUAUGGAAACUGGCCUUUGUCCUUCUCACUGCAUCUUUCCCACAGUAUGUAGGGCAAUCCUCUACAGUGAUGCAGUGGGAGCGGGUAGGCAGUGUCAUUGUUUUCUGAACUGAUCUAGACCACGGUAAGGCAGCGCUUAGGUAAGCCAGCUUUUCCUGUUCUCUGGAGUGGGUAUGAAACCCAGUCCUUUGAGCUGGCUUGUUAUUGGCAGUGUGUGUGAGUAGAAGGUUUUCUUCAUCAGACAGGUGAAAAAUGAGCAGAGAUAAAAAGUAGGAGUAUCAGAAAAAACUUUCAAGUAUGCAGGUCUGCUUUCAACGCUCCGUGUAUGUUUUCUACAUGAAGAAGAUGUAAAUUGUCACUUAUUUCACUUGCUAAAUAGAAUGACCUUGGUUUUUUAUCCUUGCUGACAGUGUGACUCCAGCAGUGUUUUAUCAGAGUUCCUCCCUGGGCGUGCCUGCUAGAAUAGAAAACUUCUGGUUAUAUCUGUUUCCUUGUACUUAACAAGUGCCAGAAAUGUGGCGGAAGCAUGCUUUUGUAGAGCACUUAGGCCUGAAUAGCUGUGGCAUGCUAGUUUUCCUGCUUGCUUUGGCUCUAGACAGAGUGACAAUUCAUGCUGGCGAGGUAGAUGCUGAGUAAAAUGGGGAGGUGAUGGGGAUUGAAGGGUAAGAGUCCAACAACAUUUCAGAAAACAAAGAGAAUUUCUAUUUGUCUAAAGCUCGGUAAAGGCAAAGAGUCAAGCUCAAUGAAUCUAAGGAUGAGGUUUUAUUCUUGUGUUUUGGGAUUCUUAUGCAAAUGCAUCUUCUUUCCUGUUCAAAGCUUCUCUGCGUUAUUACUAACAAGCACCCUGACCUGGACUGGAGAUGGGCCUGACCCGUGACCUUACGGUGCUUUUGUGCACUGCUGAGUUUCCUGAGAGUUUCCAUUCCUGGCCACAGCCUUGCCCUCUGCGAGCAGUGCAUAGACAGGAGAAAAAUCAGCCCAAUCUGUCCCUAGCUCCAGUCUCAUUGUAACCAGGACACCAGAUGACUUAGACGGUUUGUGUACUUAGCCAGACAGCACAAAUGGUGAUUGCUGGAUAAGAGCAAGUGAGAGGAAGCUGGGAUUAAUGGAUAAAGGAGGAUUUGAGGGUGCGGGUCUGGCUCCUCCCUGUCAGGAUUUAUGGGAGAGGGGGACAGUGAAAUAUUUGAGUACCACGGGAUGAACACCACAGGGCAGAGAUCACUUCUGCAGCUUGUGCAGCCAAUUGCCUGUUAGUCGAGCGAGGUUUUAAUCAGGGCUCAUAUUUAUUACUCCCAGAUUUGGAUUAUUCUGUUGUGCUUUGUGCUGGUGCUAAGGGAAGAAAGCGAGUGAUUGUGAAUUUAAAGCCGUGGUAAACCUGGUCGAGUCUCUUGCAGAAGAGUAGCUGCAACUUCUAGGUCAGGGCUGAGUGUAGCUCGGAUACGUUUAAAGUCUUGUAUAACCUGAUCCCUGCUUGUCACAGAUACAGUUCCACAUGUGUGUCUGAUGGCAGUUCUGGGUUAAAAAGCCGCUGUUCCUGUGCUGUGAGGUGGCGGUGGGCGUGGGCGCUGUGGAGGCAGGACUAGACUGGCCGUCUGAUCUGGCUGCUGCUGUCUUUGCUGUUCUUCCAAGUCUGUGUUUCAGCCGGAUCGUUUCCUUGAUCUAGACGGCUGCGUCGGCACAAACCGUUGUGCUGGCAUCGUGAGGGAGCACACAGGCAGAAGGAGCAGCACUUAUAAGAAGACCCAGGAAACCCUUUCCCAGGCAGGACAGAAGACUUCAGCAGCCCUUUCCAAUGUAGGUUCUGUUAUCAGCAGGAAACUUGGUGACAUGAGGGAAUUUCCUAUUCCACUGUGGCUGGGAAUAUCCAAGUGGGCUCACCCCUUCUCACACUCCUUUAGCAGCUACUCCAUUCGCCACUCGAUAAGUAUGCCAGCGAUGAGGAACUCUGCAACCUUCAAGUCAUUUGAAGAUAGAGUUGGGACCAUAAAGUCCCGAGUGGUGGGCAGCAGGGAAAAUAGCACUGACAGCCUCCACUCCCCCUCGGGGGCUGGAGACAAGCCUCCGCAAGACAACGCUCCGUUCUAAACCCGCGAUGUGGCUUUGCACGGCUGUGCACAACCAGGAGUGAGCCCCCUCCCUCCCAAACCUCCACAACAGCAACAACCUGCGAAUCCCAAGAAGGGGCUGAGAGCCAGUCUGGACAGAUCCAUCGUUCAUUCAUAGACACUGCUGCUGGAUCUAAGUCAAAUAAAGAGAAUGCAAAGUUUUGUACACAAAUAAUAUUUUACACUAAAGUUUGUAGAUUAAAUGUAUCACUGCUGUCCUUUUGGGAGAGCAUGUAAGCUGGAGUUUCCUUAAAGUAGCUCAGAAAUGUCACUGGUGUAGAUAAAAACAGUUUUCCUUUGUCUGACAAAGCUUGGAACGGAUACGUGGCCCUGAGCAGCGUGAGGAGGGCGGUUAUUGGAGAAGCCAAGUGCACGGGCUUCUUAGCUUCAGCUUCUGGCUGUGUUCUCCGUUUGGGACGUGCCACGAAGCUCCCAGGCUUCUCCCGUUACUGUUUUCUCUGGCUCUCAUUGGGGUAGUUUGGUAAAUGGGGUAAACAGUUAUUUUUUGGGUUUGUUUUUUUUUUUUUUCUGGGCUCCCAAAAGGGAAACUUCACUUAGCGGCUGCCUCGUUGUUACACUAAUGCUCUAGCUUUAACGAAACUAAAAAUCUUUAUUUUUAAAUGCGAUGAACUUUAAAGAAAUAAAGCUUAAAAAGA